CAUGCGCGCCAGCUGCGUGACUGAGAGGGCUCCGGAGCCUCAGCGUUGCGCCAUGGAGCCCAGGCAAGCGGUGCCCUUGCAGGCCGAGCAGAGUUUUGCCAGAGACUCCAAACAGAAUGUGGCUGAGCUCUCCCUGUGGACGGUGGUGGCUGCCAUCCAAGCCAUCGAGAGGAAGGUGGAUUCUCACGCCAUGCGGCUGCUGAACCUGGAGCGAAGGAUGAUGACCAAUGAGAAGAAAUACGUGGACUGCGAGAACACCGUGGUGGACUUUGGCAACCAGAUGGAGUGCAAGCUGAAUGCGUUGGGCACCCUGAUCCAGGAGUACGGGCUGCUCCAGAGGAGGCUGGAGAACAUGGAGAACCUGCUGAAGAACCGGAACUUCUGGAUCCUGAGGCUGCCCCCGGGCUCCAAGGGGGAAACCCCCAAGGUGCCAGUGACGUUUCAGGACAACUCUGCCUACUUCUCCGAGCAGGAGUGGGGCAACCUGGAGGGCUGGCAGAAGGAGCUCUACAAGAAUGUCAUGAAGAGCAAUUAUGAGUCGCUGGUCUCUCUGGAUUAUGCCAUUGCGAAGCCUGAGCUUCUGUCCCGGAUCGAGCAAGGGAAACCACCCUGUGAAGAGGAGGAAGAGGUCUCCAAGGAGGGGGAGAUUCCUGCAGAACCCAGCCCAGAAGGGUUGGUGUUUAGGCCUGUCCUGUCCUGUCCUGCUGAAGGAGAAGAUGUUCACGCGGGAGACCAGGGGGAUGCUGAAGGAAGGAGGUGUCCGAGCAGCCCCAGUGCAGACUGUGAGGCUGCUGGGUCUUCCUUUGGCUCCUCAGGGAAGCAGGAGCAAGAGCUGAACCUCGAGGGCCCCCCAGACGCCAGAGAAGGCCAGCUGCGCCUCAAGCCCAGCCUGGACGGCGGCCUUCCCAGCCCUCACUUCCUGCCCUUGGAUAAGAUGCAUUUCAGGGGCGAGGGAGACUCUGCCGAGAGACAGAUCCUUGAGAAGCCCAGCACAGCCCUCCCAACGGACAAGGAGAUCGUCAGCAUCAAAACGGAGCCCGAGCAAGAGGUGGAAACCUUUGAGCCGUGGAUGCUGAUCGGGAUGUCGGGCGAGAGCGGCUUCCAGGGCACAGACGCUCCCGACUCCAAGGUGUGGCCGGGCAGCCCUGCGGGAGAGCAGAGAACUCUGGCCACCGGCGAGGUCAGCGUGGAGGAGUGGCAGAAGGCCGCGGAGGUGAGGCCGUACGCGUGCCCAGACUGUGGGAAGCGGUUCCGGUUCCAAAUCGGCCUCCUAAACCAUCAGAGGAGCCACGGAAGCCUUCCAGCUGAAGGCAGUUAUUGCAUGCCUUUGGCCCAGGCGAACAAGAGCCCCUCCCUGCAGGGGCCGCUCUCCCCGCAAGAGGAAGGGAAGGGGAUGCCCCCUCCGGGCCCAGGGGAAGAGAAGGAGUGGGCCUGCCCCUGGUGCCAGCAGCGCUUCCGGCUGCAGGUCAACCUGCUGAUCCACCAGAGCAGCCACCAGGAGGCCACGCCAGAGCUGGGCAGCAAGGAACAGCUGGUCUGCAGGUUUUGCCCCCGGCGCUUUGCCCGCUCCGACCACUUGCUGCGCCACCAGAUGAGCCACACGGGGGCGCGGCCCCACCAAUGCCCGGCCUGCGAGAAGAGCUUUGUGGACAAGAGCAAGCUCACCAACCACUACCGCACCCACACGGGCGAGCGCCCCUUCCGCUGCACCGCCUGCGGCAAGCGCUUCAUCCGCCGGCACCACUUGGUGAAGCACCAGCGGACCCACACCCGGGAGAGGCCCCACCAGUGCCCCGUCUGCCUGAAGGGCUUCAUGCAGAAGCACCACCUCCUGAAACACAUCCGGACGCACCCCGGGGAGAAGCCCUACCGCUGCCCCCGCUGCCCCAAGGCCUUCUCCUGCAGGCAGCUUCUCCUGCAGCACGGCUGCCUCUCCACCGGGCAGGGGGAAGCGGAGCGGGCCUCCGGGGGUGGCUCUGGAGCCUGCUGA